AUGAAAUCUAGUACUCAAUUGGCCAGCGAAGCCAAGGAUUAUGCCUUCAAUCCAGCAAUUCCCUUGAGGAUAUAUCUCAAGACAUGUGUCAACAUCCUUGACAAAGCACAAUCCGCUUUUCAAAUAGGUGAUCGUCAAAUGGCAUAUCUUUUCUAUUUCAGAUAUGUGGAUCUUUGCACAAAUAAAUUAUCAAGACAUCCGGAUUUUCUUACCAAAUCCCUUGAUCAAGAAUAUUUAUUAUACAAACAGGAAUAUCUUCAAUUGAUUAAAUUAGAAGUUCCUGCUGUAUUUAAGAUAAUAGAAGAUUUACAAAAACAAAUAGAUAAUGACUAUAAAAAACAUCAGCUAUCAUUGGCUAGAAAUAUUGCUAAACCAACCCAUCAUCUUAAUCAAAUUAAUAACAUGGAGGAAAACGAAUCCUUUAAAACGCUGCCGCAAAAUUUCAAUGAAAAUAGAUUCAAUCAAUCAAUUUCAUUUCUAAACGAAAUAUCAUCUCCUUCUUUAAAUAAGAAAAAGAUUUCUCAUUCUAUCAACUCAUCUAACGAAUCCUCGGGACCUCAAGAACAGAAUCCAAUCUUAUUGUAUCCUGAGUUGCCAACUUUGACAUUCCCUACCUUUUAA